UACUCUUGCACAAGACACACACACACACACACACACACACACAGACAGACAGACAGACACACACACACACAUACACACUGUGAACGGAUCCUGUUUUGAACAGAUCCUGUUUUGCAUUUCAUUGGUAACUCUGAAAACAAACAUUGAGGCCGAUCUGCAGAUGACAGAGAUUAGUUCUCCAACUACUUCUUUUAAAUGCAAAGUGGUGAGGAGCAGCCCACUUUCAGUUCGCUAUUGGCAACCAAUGUUUCGCGUGACCCUAUCAGGCCUUUUGUUGUUGUGCAAGAGGAGGUGCUUUUGAGGAACUGGUGCGGAAACAUUGCUCAUACAGCUUUAGACUGCGAGGACUGCUACCAUGGGAACUGCCAGCUCGAGAGGGGCUCAAAAGAGGUCCUCCAGGGUGCUACUGAUGGGCCUGGAUUCAGCAGGCAAGUCCACGCUUUUAUACAAACUCAAACUUAACCGGACCGUGCAAACCUCGCCCACGAUUGGCUUCAAUGUGGAAAUGCUGGAGCUGGAGAAACACCUCCCCCUGACAGUCUGGGAUGUGGGCGGCCAGGACCAGAUGAGGCCCAACUGGAAGCACUUCUUAGAGGACAGCGACGGCUUGGUCUUCGUGGUGGACAGCACGGACGAGGCCAGGCUGGAGGAGGCCAAAAAGGAGCUGAAGCGGGUCUUGAAGCAUGACAACAUGAAAGAGAUCCCAUUAAUGGUGCUGGCCAACAAGCAGGAUGUACCCAGCUCUCUGUCCAUCAGGGAGAUUGCUCUCAGAUUGAACCUCACAAGCUACGAAAACAGGGACUGGGAGAUCCAGGGCUGCAGUGCUUACACUGGGGAGGGACUGAAGCAGGCAUUUCAGUCUGUUUCGGAAUUAAUUAGAACAAAGUGAAACCUUCAGAUUGGGGAUUAAAGACUGAGAAUCUUCAUUAGACUAAAAUAUUUGAUAUACGGUACAACUAAAUAUAUAUAUAUAUAUAUAUAUAUAUAUAUAUAUAUAUAUAUAUAUAUAUAAAAUAUUUGAUAUACAGUACAACUAAAUAUAUAUAUAUAAUUUUUUUUUACAGAAGGAACUGUCAUCUUAAGGCUGGUUGCAGUCCAUGCUUGGGCUCUUUUUCAUCUCAACAUCUAAAGUUUCUAGGGAUUUCAUUCGUGUCCUGGUGUUUUUAAAAUGUGUUAUUAGGUUUCAUUUUGUUCACUUUUAGAUGAAAUGGGGGACCAUUUUGCACCCUCUAUUAAAAGAAUACAUAUUGUAUUGAUAUUAAUUAAACUGUUCUACUGUUGUUAAAAAGCCAAAACAGCCUUGAACAUUUGAAAAUAAUCAAUAUUAAGUUAAUUCAUAAAACCAAACUAUAUUAACUAUUUUUUUGCUAGCAUGUGGAGUAGAAUCUUUGUGAAUAAGGUUGAUUUUUUAUGCAAAAAACAUUUCACUUGUCACCGAGAGGCAAAUUACUGUGUACAAAAGGAGCAUGUUUCCCACUUGUUUUUGCUAAGGUUUUGCAAGCUCAAAAAGAAAUAAAAGUUUAGUGUCCUAAUAUUUGUUUUGGUUGGAGAUUUCCUCUUGCAUCACUUCAUUUAGCUUGCUUGGUAGAUAUUUUCUGACCCUAAUGGACUCAGGAUCUUCUUGAGCAAGGGUUUAAACAUUCUGUAAAAACCCUCUUUUUUUUUUUUUAUACAAACAUUCCUGUUCAAAUUUUGUGGGGCUUUUUUGUGUGUUUUUUUUCAUGGACGGAAACCAUUUUGAGUUGUUCCGAUGAGGAAUGUUCUUCAGAAGUUGUAUACAGAUGGUGAAACUACUUUGUUGUUUGUAUCACAUUUAAACAGUUUGCUCACAUUACUGCAUUGCUUGACCUCUUUUCGUAUAACAUUUUCUUUACUAUUAUUAGAUAUUAAAAGAUGGUACUGUUUAAAGAUUGCGCUCGCGUUAAACAUUGAGUAGCAUUUUGUUUGCUUUAAAGCUAUCCCUCGUUGUUCAGACAGCUAGCUUGGCUGACACGCAGUUCCUUCAACUCAUUCCAGCUGGGUGUGGUUGUCAAUUAAAAUAGGGGCUUAAUAGCACUAAAGUUUUUUUAAUUUUUAUUUGUUCAGCCACUGUCCUCUCAUUCAUCCUUGGUCUCCUCACUCAACAGCAGUUCUCUGUCGUUGCCUGUGUUAAGCAAAUGAAUGGCAGUGACAGUUCUACAUGGAGCUAGUAAAUGACCUCCAAGUAAAACUGAAUUUAGAAAGGAAAAAGUGUACUAUGUGCUCUUAAUGGAAUUUACUCUUAUAAGCAAAUAUCUUUACUAUAAGUUGAACUGCUCUUAGUCGAAUUCGCUCUUAAAUGUAAUUAUUUACUGUAAUCUUUAUUUUGCUCUUAUUUGAAUUUGAUCUUAUUUUCUACUGAUUUUACUGUACUUUAUAACUGCUCUUAUUUGUAAAGCGAUAUUGUGUAAUGUGAUAUUUUGUAAUGUGAUAUUUUGCAAUGUGAUGCUUUGUGACAACUCUUAUAUGGUUUAAUUAUAACUAAAUACAGCAUGGAUAAGGGCAUCUGCUAAGAAAUAAAUAAAUAAAUAAAUAAAUAAAUAAAUAA